ACUGUACAUAUAUAUUCACGCCCACAGCCCAGCAACAGAGCCUCAGUUAAUUAUCACCCCAACUUCUUCCCCUUGGCAUCUCAUACUGCUACUGCUCCACGCUACUUCUCAUGGCAGCCUUCCACUCUUCCUGCCAUUAUUGGGUUCUGCUGCUGGUGCUCUGCUUGCUCUCGGCGGCGAGCUCCGAUGUGUCGAGCGACCAGAAGGAGUGCUCGGAUCAGUUGGUGGGGCUGGCCACCUGCUUGUCCUACGUCCAAGGGAAUGCCAAGGCUCCGACCCCUGACUGCUGCACCGGCCUCGAGCAAGUCCUGGUCAAGAGCCCCAAGUGUCUGUGCAUCCUCAUCAAGGAUAGCGAUGAUCCCCAGCUGAGCAUCAAGUUCAAUGUCACCCUCGCUCUUAGACUGCCUUCGCUCUGCAGCGCCCCUGCCAACAUCUCUGAAUGCCCAAAACUUCUGAACCUGCCUCCAAAUUCCAAGGAUGCUGCGAUCUUUAAGCAAGCAGCGAACGCCACUCAAGAUAAUGGCAACUCGACGAGCAGUGGGAGCACGGGGGUGAGCUCGCAAGCAAGCAGCGGUGGGGGCAGUUAUCAUUUGGGAGGGACGGGGUGGGUGGGAGUGGAGAAGGUGGUUCAAUGCUUUCUUUCUGUCGUGCCAGCACUUUUACUGCUGACUUGACCGCGUGGAGGGAAUGAAAGCACCCUCACACAAAGAAGUGCUGCUUUUCUUUCAUCACCAUCAUAUUGCUAAAUAUUUUUCCAUUGUUGUUAUUCAAUAUCUUCUGCUAAUCCAUUCAGAAACCAUUAUUAAAUGUCAUUUGAGAGUACGUUUAUGUGUGGAACUGAGGCUGGGAUUUCUUGUUGGAACCAAGGUGUUCCCACAAUAAAAUUAAUGUUUUUUUUUUUUGAUA